UUCUCCCUUUUCCAACAAACUCUCUCUCUCUCUUCACAAGAAAGAGAAAAAUACAACCAACCCAUAAAAACAAACCCAAGAAAAAGAAAAAAAUGCCUGAAGCCCCAAAGAGGCGUGUGAACGCCAAGGUUGAAGAAGAAGCUCAGAAGGAGGUGCUGGAGAAAAACAAGGCCACUAUCCAAUUCAUCGAAGACGUCACGGCCAACGCCGACCAAGUCCAGCGCUGCGUCCUCACCGAAAUCCUCUCCCGCAACGCCUCCGCCGAGUACUUGACCCGCCACGGCCUCCGCCCCAACUCCUCCCCAGAGACAUUCAAAAAAACUAUCCCUAUCAUCUCCUACGACCACAUCCACCCUGACAUCACCCGCAUCGCCAAUGGCGACUCCUCUCCCAUCCUCUGCUCCUCCCCCAUCUCCGAGUUCUUAACCAGUUCUGGGACUUCCGGUGGCGAGAGGAAGCUGAUGCCGACGAUCGAGGAGGAGCUGGAGAGGCGCUCGCUGUUGUACAGCUUGCUAAUGCCGGUGAUGAGCCAGUUCGUUCCAGGGCUGGAAAAGGGCAAAGGAAUGUACUUUUUGUUCAUAAAAGCCGAGUCCCGAACCCCGGGCGGGCUCGUGGCGCGCCCCGUCUUGACCAGCUACUACAAAAGCUCCCACUUUAAGGACCGUCCUUACGAUCCCUACACCAAUUACACCAGCCCCAACGAGGCCAUUCUCUGCCCUGACUCCUACCAAAGCAUGUACGCCCAAUUGCUGUGCGGCCUCCGCCAGCGCGCCGAAGUCCUCCGCGUCGGUGCCGUCUUCGCCUCCGGCUUCAUCCGCGCCAUCCGCUUCCUAGAAAAGCACUGGCAGCUUCUAUGCCACGACAUCCGGACCGGGACGUUGAAUGCACAGAUCACGGAUCAGGCCGUGCGCGAAGCAGUGAUGUCACUCCUGCAUAGGCCGGAGCCAGAGCUGGCUGAGUUGAUUGAAGGGGAGUGCAAGAAGAGCUCGUGGGCAGGAAUUAUUAGGAGGCUGUGGCCGAACACCAAAUAUGUUGAUGUGAUUGUUACGGGGACAAUGUCGCAGUACAUUGGGACGCUUGAUUAUUAUAGUAAUGGGCUGCCUUUGGUUUGUACCAUGUAUGCUUCUUCCGAGUGCUAUUUUGGCGUCAAUCUUAACCCUUUGUGUAAACCAAGUGAAGUUGCUUACACUCUCAUCCCUUCCAUGGCCUACUUCGAGUUCCUUCCCGUCCAAAGAAAUAAUAACGCCAAUCCCGACUCUACCGAUGAGCACGACCUCGUCGAUCUUACCGACGUCAAGCUUGGGAAAGAAUACGAGCUCGUUGUCACCACUUAUGCUGG